AGAGAGAGAAGAAAGCGAGCCUUUUUUUUUUCCUUUAUAUUUUUUUCGCAAGACGGGAACGAGAAAACCCUCAAAAUCUGCUGCUCUUCCUUCGCCCAAACCUUCUCCGCCUCGUUCCGGCUCCCUCUCGAUCGAUUGGAGCCAAUGCAGCUCCGAUUCAAGCUCUUGUGCGUGUCAGGCUGAGCUCGGUGAUCUCUUGGGCGUGGUUCUUAAGACUAUAGGCUUCGGAUCGACCUCGGUAUGGCGUCGCGGUACGAUUCGAGGCAGAGGAGAACGGUGCAGUCGCCGGCGUCGUAUAAGCCUGCUAAUUCUCCGACUUCGUCCACGACCUCGUCGUUCAGGCAGGUACCCGAGGCCUCCGCCGAUGGGCAGAGCUCGCCAGCGUCGUCGACGGCGAGAGGCAAGCCGCAGUACUUCUUUCCAGACAGCGAGGUGCUGGACGCGGAUGGAUCGAAGGAGAAUGUGACGGUUACUGUUCGGUUCCGGCCGCUCAGUCAACGUGAGAUUCGUCAGGGAGAGGAGAUUGCCUGGUAUGCUGAUGGGGAUACCAUCGUUCGAAGUGAACAUAAUCCGACUCUUGCAUAUGCUUAUGAUCGAGUUUUUGGGCCUACAACAACAACACGCCAUGUAUAUGAUGUGGCUGCUCAGCAUGUUGUCGGUGGUGCUAUGGAGGGUAUCAAUGGCACAAUUUUUGCUUAUGGAGUUACAAGCAGUGGCAAAACACAUACAAUGCAUGGAGAUCAAAGAUCCCCAGGAAUCAUACCAUUGGCUGUAAAAGAUGCAUUUAGUAUCAUCCAAGAGACUCCAAGUCGUGAGUUUCUUCUUCGUGUAUCAUACCUGGAAAUAUACAAUGAGGUUGUCAAUGAUUUACUAAAUCCAGCAGGACAGAAUCUGCGAAUCAGGGAGGACACUCAGGGUACAUUUAUUGAGGGUAUUAAGGAGGAAGUAGUAUUGUCUCCUGCACAUGCACUCUCCCUUAUUGCAGCUGGAGAAGAGCAUAGACAUGUCGGAUCCAAUAACUUCAAUUUGCUAAGCAGCCGAAGUCAUACAAUUUUCACACUGACAAUAGAGAGUAGCCCAUGUGGUGAUUGUGGUGAAGGGGAAGCAGUUAACUUUUCCCAGCUAAACCUCAUCGAUCUGGCAGGUUCAGAAAGCUCAAGGGCUGAGACUACUGGAGUACGACGGAAAGAGGGAUCUUAUAUAAAUAAGAGCCUAUUAACUCUUGGAACUGUUAUUGCAAAAUUAACUGAUGGAAAAGCUACACAUAUCCCAUAUAGAGACUCAAAAUUAACACGACUCCUCCAAUCCUCUUUAAGUGGUCAAGGGCGUGUAUCUCUCAUAUGUACAGUUACUCCAUCAUCAAGCAAUGCAGAAGAAACACACAAUACACUGAAGUUUGCUCACCGUGCAAAAUGCAUUGAGAUUCAAGCUUCUCAAAAUAAAAUACUUGAUGAAAAGUCUCUAAUAAAGAAAUACCAAAAUGAGAUACGUUGUUUGAAGCAAGAGCUAGAUCAGUUAAAGAAAGGGAUUGUGACUGUUAAUCCGCAUAAAGAUACCGGAGAAGAUGAUAUCUUUAUCUUGAAACAGAAGCUAGAAGAUGGUCAUGUCAAGCUACAAUCAAGACUGGAGCAGGAAGAAGAAGCUAAAGCUGCUUUAUUGGGAAGGAUACAACGUUUAACCAAAUUGAUUUUGGUGUCUACGAAAGCAAGUCAAUCUCCAAGAUUUCUUCAGCACCCUGGUUCUAGACGAAGGCAUUCUUUUGGAGAGGAGGAGCUUGCAUAUCUCCCAUAUCGAAGGCGAGAUAUGAUAUUAGAUAACGAAACUGCCGUCUUUUAUGCUCCAAUUGAAGGAUUUGGUGAAACUAAUGAUGAUAUUUUGAAGGAAGAGAAGAAGAAUAGAAAACAUGGGCUUCUAAACUGGUUCAAAUCGCGGAAACGAGAUGGUGGGACAGCAUUGACUAGUUCAGAUGGUGACAAAUCAAGUGGGACAAAAUCACACACAACACCAACUCCUCAAGCAGAGAGCACACACUUAUCUUUUGAGAAUGGUUUAUCAAAUUCCUUAGUACCAGAUAGUAUUCCUGCUGAUCUUCUUUUGGAGGUUGACCAUGAUAGAGAACUUCCUGCCGACAAUCUUUCUUCCCAAGAGACACCAAUGACAAGCAUCAAAACUAUAGAUCAUCUUGAAUUGCUUAAAGAGCAGCUAAAGAUUCUCGCCGGAGAAGUGGCACUUCAUUCGAGUAUUCUAAAGCGACUUUCUGAUGAAGCUGCUAAGAACCCAAAGAAUGAACAGAUUCAAAUGGACAUGAGGAAGGUCAAAGAAGAGAUAAAAGUAAAGAACCAGCAAAUCAUAUCUUUGGAAAAGCAGAUGGCUAACUCUCUCUCAGUGUCUCACAAUAGUAUGCGAAACUCGGGAGUUUCACCUUCGUAUACAGAAUUACAAGAACAACUAAAUGAGAAAACUCUUGAACUCGAGGUAAAGACUGCAGAUAACAGUAUUAUACAGGAUCAACUGCUGCAAAAGAUACACAAAUGUGAAGAACUGCAAGAAACUAUUACUUCCUUGAAACAACAACUUGCACAAGCACUUGAAAUGAAGGAUUCCUCAAUGAAUGUCAAAUCACAGUAUCAUUUUGAGGAAACAUUCUUUCAUGAGAUGAGAACAAAGUCUGAAGAUGGUUUGUUGAAUGAUACAUCAUCAAAAUUGCAACACGAAGAGGAUCUGGUAUCUGAAAUCAAAGAACUAAAACAGAAAGUAUCCGAACUAACAGAAGCAAAUAGCCAGUUAGAAGCUCGAAACCAGAAGUUGGCAGAGGAGGGUGCAUAUGCUAGAGGGUUGGCUUCAGCUGCCGGUGUGGAAUUGAAGGCAUUAUCUGAGGAAGUCACAAAACUUAUGAACCACAAUGAGAGACUGGCUGCUGAAUUGGCCUCUACUAGAAACUCCACUCAGCGCAGAGCAAGCAGUGUACCAAGGAACACCAGAAGGGAAUCUCACAUAAAGCGGCACGAACCUACCAUAAAGAGAGAAGUAAAUGCUAGUUACGAAAGAGAGCUAGAAGCUGCCCUUCUUGAAAAGGAGCAAAGAGAAGCAGAGAUACAGAAGAAACUCGAGGAAUCCAAACAGAAGGAAGCCUUCUUAGAAAAUGAACUAGCAAACAUGUGGGUCCUCGUGGCUAAGCUGAAGAAACCUCAAGGAAAUGAACCUGAAGUUUUGGACUACUAGCGAGUGCAGUCAGUGUUCCUUAUGGCCAAAUAGCCUGUGUCGUGUAUAGAAAACAUUGUAAAACAUUGAGCUCUCAUAGUUUUAUUUUUGUGGAUUGUUUCGGUCCUCGUUUUCAGUUUCUCAUUUUCAAAAAUAGGUUGCGGCCAUCGGAUGGCAUUGGUAUUGUAACAAAAUACCUGUUUCCUUUCAUGAAGAUUUUUGUAACAUUGAAGGAUUA